AUGGAUGGAAAUUCAUCUUCAAGGAACUUACUAACACUGGAAACACUGAACUUAUCGACUACACAUACUUAUCCAGCGUUUAUAUUUGGAACAAUUACUUACUUAUUUAUCGUAUUUUGCAAUCUGUUGAUUUUAAUAACUAUUGCUGUAAGAAAAAGACUGCAUAAGCCCAUGUUUAUCCUGCUGUUCAACUUGCCCAUUAGUGACAUGAUUGGUGCCACAGCUUUUUUUCCUCAGGUUCUUCUCAGCAUUGUGACACAGAACAGAGUGAUUUCCUUUCCUGCAUGUUUUACUCAGGCUUUUCUCAUUCAUCUUUAUGGCACAGGGAAUUUGUUGAUCUUGAGCGCUAUGGCAUAUGACAGAUACGUUGCUAUAUGUUGUCCACUGAGGUAUAACGCCAUCAUGACUCCACACACUUUAAUAAGAAUCGUGAUUUUAGUAUGGGUUUUGAGUUUCUCCUUCAUAAUUAUAGUGAUAAUACUGACUGCACGUUUGAAAGCUUGCAGAACAAGUAUAGUGGAUUUAUACUGUAACAAUCCGUCAUUACUGAAACUCAUCUGUGAGGACAUCACUGUAAACAACUACUAUGGAUUUGCAGUUACUUUUGUGAUUCAUGCAGGCUCUCUGUCAAUACUGAUGUAUACUUAUGGACAAAUCUUGCGUACCUGCAUCAUGACUAAUCAGCGUGAUGCCAGGCAAAAAGCCAUGCAGACUUGUGGUACACAUUUAGUUGUGUUCCUCAUUUUACAAAUCUCCACUGACUUCACACUUAUUGCUCAUCGCUUGGACAGUGUGUCUCCUCUCCUGAGAAGGGCUUGUGGGGUGUCCAUUCUAAUUUUCCCCCCAGUUUUGGACCCAAUCAUAUAUGGACUGAAAGUCAAAGAACUGAAGCAGAGCAUGUUAAUGUUCAUUAAAAGAAACGUGAAUGCAAUGAAGUAGCUGCAUCUUCAU